AUGAUCGUAGAACUUCGCAGACGCUUUAUCGCCCGGUUGCGCCCUUUCCUCCCGCUUGCAGACGACCAUCUUCCUUGGAACUCGCUCCCAUAUCUCUGUGCUACGAAUGCGAUACAAAUCGCCGGCAUACCAGACUCAUGCCCCUUCCCAGGCUAUGAUAGCAACUCACGAGGCGUAUCGGGACUCCCAGCCAGGACACAAACACAGGGAAUAGUCUGCAGAAGGUUGGAAGGAGAAGAACGUCAACUUGCAAGAGUCGGUAAAGUGCCUAUCAUGACCUGUGGUGCCCCUCGCCAUCCUUCAGGCCAUACACAUGCGAAGCGUUUGUUUGUGAAGGACGGCACGAUGUGGAUAGAUCGAGGCGGCGAGCCACGCCUGCAGCCUUCUGACGAGGAAGACAAUGAUUCCGAUCAUGUACCCUCAGAUGACCAACGUGUCAAGAAGCUCAGACGUAUAUCCCCCCCCAGUGACGAUGGAUCAAAUAGCCCUACCGACGUCUUCCAUGACGAAGACACAAGCUCGGAUGAGGGUUCCUCAAAGACAGACGACGACCAGCAGACAGGUGUUAGCAAGAGGCGCAAGCGGGAGGCGGAGGGACAUAAUAUAGAAUCUAUCCGCCCAGUCAAAAAACCGAAAAAGGCUGGUAGGGUAGAGGGACGUAUAUCCCCCCCCAGUGACGAUGGAUCAAAUAGCCCUACCGACGUCUUCCAUGACGAAGACACAAGCUCGGAAGAGGGUUCCUCAGAGACAGAUGACGACCAGCAGACAGGUGUUAGCAAGAGGCGCAAGCGGGAGGCGGAGGGACAUAAUAUAGAAUUCAUCCGCCCAGUCAAAAAACCGAAAAAGGCUGGUAGGGUAGAGGCACAGGAGAUCGGACGGAGGGGAAUGGUUCUUCGGAGUCAUAAGGCCUCGCCGGUGUCCCAAAUCGACGCUGCGAGCGCAGUCAACAACAUAUCGCAUCGCACCAGAAAUCCUGACAAACAUUGCCGCUGUUCCAUCUGUCACAGGGCCUCAGAGUCCGGGAAAUCAUAG